GAUUAUUCCAACUUCAUGGGAAGUGAUGUGAUGACUUUCAGGAAAGUGAAUAGGAAGUUGCUUUUCUAAACAGCGUGACAGCUGAGGCGAGGCAAUAAGACUGUAAGAAGUCUCGCUUGGACAGAAAGCAGAAAGCCAGCCGAAGAGAUGGCCAGCUGCCUAAGAGCCAUCUGGAACUGGAGAUUUCAGAGAGCGGUCUUCAGAACUGUCCAACUCCUUUGCUUCAGUGUCCUCAUCACUGAACUAGUGAACCAGAAAGGAGUGGCAGCGUGGACCUACAACUACAGCGUCAAACCGUAUUCGUGGAAUUACUCCCGGGCCUACUGCCAGACGUUCUACACGGAUUUAGUGGCCAUCCAGAACAAAAAUGAGAUUGCUUACCUCAACGACGCCAUACCUUACUACAGCUCUUACUACUGGAUUGGAAUCCGAAAGAUAAACAAUAAGUGGACCUGGGUGGGAACCAAAAAGACGCUCACCGAGGAGGCUGAGAACUGGGCUGACAAUGAGCCCAACAACAAGAACAAUGAGGACUGUGUGGAGAUCUACAUCAAGAGUGUGUCAGCCCCGGGCAAGUGGAAUGACGAGCCCUGCUGGAAGAGAAAGCGGGCGCUGUGCUACACAGCCUCCUGCCAGGACACAUCUUGCAGCAAGCAAGGAGAGUGCAUCGAGACCAUCGGGAACUACACCUGCUCCUGCUACCCUGGAUUCUAUGGACCAGAAUGUGAAUACGUCAAAGAGUGCGGAGAACUUGAACUCCCUCAGCAUGUACUCAAGAACUGCAGUCACCCUCUGGGAAACUUCUCUUUCAACUCACAGUGCAGUUUCCACUGUGCUGAAGGCUACACAUUGAAGGGACCUCGCGAGCUGGAAUGUUUGGCUUCUGGAAUCUGGACGAAUAAGCCCCCACAGUGUGUAGCUGUCCAGUGUCCACCCCUGAAGACUCCUGAGCAGGGAAGCAUGACCUGCCUCCACCCUGAAGAAGCAUUCCAGUACCAGUCCAGCUGCAGCUUCAGUUGUGAAGAGGGAUUUGCAUUAGCUGGGCCAGAGGUGGUGCAGUGCACAGCCUCAGGGAUGUGGACAGCCCCAGCUCCAGUGUGUAAAGCCAUUGCAUGUGAGCCACCAGAGAGUCCUGCCCAUGGAAGCAUGGACUGCUCCCCAUCUUCAGGAGGAUUUCAGUACAACACCAGCUGUAGCUUUCGUUGUGCAGAGGGUUUCAGGCUGAGGGGAGCUGACACAGUUCGAUGUGCUGACUUGGGUUCCCUUACUUUCUCAAUUCCUCUCUUCCUAGCAUUGCAGUGCCAGGAUCUUCCAGCCCCAGACAAGGCCCGGAUGAACUGCUCCCAUCCCUUUGGUGCCUUUAGGUACCAGUCAACCUGCAGCUUCACCUGUGACAAUGGCUUCUUGCUGGUGGGAGCAAGUGUGCUGCAAUGCUUGGAUACUGGGGACUGGAGUGAUCCUUCUCCGGAAUGCCAAGCCAUUACCUGCACACCUCUGCUAAGCCCUCAGAAUGGAACAAAGACCUGCAUCCAACCUCUUGGAGAUUCCAGUUACAGAUCCACAUGCCACUUCAUCUGUGAUGAGGGAUUCUCCUUAUCUGGGCCAGAAAGAUUGGAUUGCACCCCAUCCGGACACUGGACAGGUUCCCCACCAACGUGUGAAGCCAUCAAGUGCCCAGAACUGUUUGCCCCAGAGCGCGGAAGCCUGGAUUGUUCUGACACUCGGGGAGAAUUCAUCGUUGGCUCCACCUGCCAUUUCUCCUGUAACAAGGGCUUUCGGCUGGAGGGGUCCGACCACGUGGAAUGCACAGCUUCUGGCAGAUGGACAGCCCCUCCACCGACCUGUGAAGACAUAGUAGCAGCUUCUAAUCUGGAGGUGCAAUGUCCAGCCCUCAUCCCUCCAGAGAAGGGAAGAAUGUCCUGCCAGCAUCACCUGGGAAACUUUGGUUUAAAUACCACUUGUCACUUUGGAUGCAAAGCUGGAUUCACACUCAUGGGAGACAGUGCUCUCAGAUGCAGACCUUCUGGACAAUGGACAGCAGCAGCGCCAGCAUGCAGAGCUGUCAAAUGCUCCGAGCUACACAUUAUUGAGCCAAUAGUGAUGAACUGCUCCAGCCCCUGGGGGAAGUUCAGCUACGGAUCAACCUGCAGCUUCUAUUGUCCAGAGGGUCAAUCACUUAAUGGCUCAGAGAGAGCAGCCUGCCAAGAGAACGGCUGGUGGUCGACUUCUGUGCCAACCUGCCAAGCGGGGCCACUGACUGUCAAGGAAGCCCUGACUUAUUUUGGUGGAGCAGUGGCUUCUACAACAGGUUUAGUGGUGUGUGGGACGCUCCUGGCUCUGCUAAGAAGGUGGUGCAGACAAAAAGAUGAGGGGGAAAGUCCCUUGAAUCCUCAAAGCCACCCAGGAAAAUAUGGAGUUUUUACAAAUGCUGCCUUUGACCCCACCCCUUAAGAGAACUGUCCUUCCCUUGGUCACCUCACUCAACCUCUACAGGAUCCUAGUUUUGAACUUCAGGCUUCCUGAUAGACUUGACUGUAACUGUUGCAUAUUUGCUGCAGUUUUCUGUAAAUAUUUGUGAAUAAAGGACAUGGAAUUUCCUUUACAGUAGCUCUGGAACAGAGCAGAAGGAUUGUACCACAAGCCCACCCUAUCCACCCCCCACCCCUUCCUGCUUCAUUUCCUCUUCCUCUGACAUGAGCCUCAGAAGCUAGGACGGAAUGUUUCCUUGGUUGGUCUGCGGGCUUUGCCCCAGCUGUCACCUGAGAUACUAAUUAGCUAGAGCCGGGAACAUCUGACUCACCAGAAGACCAGGCUGUGUAAAAAUAAAAUUGCCUCUUUACUUUGGGGUUGGAGGAAGGCAUCCUCUACUUUGUUGGAAGGCAGGUGGCGUCUCUGACUUGAGGGAGUUUCUGGAGGAUCUCCUGGGGUCUUCAGUGCUUGCUAUUUGUGAAGUCUUUUAAACCUCUGCUGUAAGGCUUCCAGAGAAGCCUCUGGAUGGCACCAGAGGCUACAGAUGACCAAGAAUUAAGACAGGGAGGUACACAUCACUCUCCCCCAAAGAACCCAAAGACUGAUACUCAAAUUUCUAAAUAAAAUGAUUCACCCAAA